AUGGAGACGGCAGCGAGAGAACACAUAGAAGCUAUACGUAAGAAAAAGUUUUCGAUUGGAGGGGAAGAGAACCCACUGACGGAGGAUCUUCAUCAGGCCGUCAAGAAUCUCUCUGCUGAACUUUAUGCCAAGGAUGUCCAUUUCCUCAUGGAACUCAUUCAGAAUGCGGAAGACAAUAACUACUUCGAAGGUGGGGAUCCAUCGCUUGAGUUCAUCAUAACUUCUCAGGACAUUACGGCCACCGGAGCUCCAGCGACAUUGCUGAUUUUCAACAAUGAAAUUGGUUUCUCUUCCAAAAAUAUAGACUCCAUUUGCAGUGUUGGUCGUUCCACCAAGAAAGGCAACAGGAAACGCGGUUAUAUUGGAGAGAAAGGUAUUGGAUUCAAGAGUGUCUUUCUGGUUACUGCUCGGCCGUAUAUAUUCAGCAAUGGAUAUCAGAUUCGGUUCAACGAAGAGCCUUGCCCAUAUUGCAAUCUUGGGUACAUUGUUCCAGAAUGGGUGGAGGAGAACCCAACUCUUUCCGACAUAUGGCAAAUAUAUGGUUCUGGAAAUACUCUUCCAACGACAACAAUAGUCUUACCUCUGAAGCCGGAUAAGAUCAAAGCCGUGAAGGAGGAGCUCUCUAGCAUUCAUCCUGAAGUUCUGUUGUUCCUCUCGAAGAUAAAGCGGUUUUCAGUCAAGGAACAUAAUAACUAUGCUCAACUCAAUACCAUCAGUGCAAUAGCUAUCACGAGUGAGACUGACUUUGUUACGAAGAAGAGCAUUGAUGCUGAGUCCUACACACUCCAUCUCUCAACCAAUGAAAAGGAGAAUGAAGGUUCCGACAAAGAAUGCAGUUACUACAUGUGGAAGCAGAAGUUUCCUGUUAGGCAAGAAAACAAAGUGGAAAGGAGAAUGGAAGUAGAAGAGUUGGUGAUCACGUUGGCUUUUCCCUUUCAAGAGCGUCUCAACAGAGGGAUGAGCUCACCUGGCGUCUAUGCAUUUCUUCCAACAGAGAUGUUCACUAACUUUCCCUUCAUAAUCCAGGCAGAUUUUCUUCUUGCAUCAUCAAGGGAAACAAUCCUCUUGGACAACAAGUGGAACAAAGGGAUUCUUGAUUGUGUGCCCUAUGCUUUUAUCAAUGCUUUGGUCUCGCUAAUCAGAACAGCAGAAAAUGCUCCAGUAUCUAGUUUGGCUCCCAUGUUUAAGUUCAUUCCUAUCAACAGUUCUUCUUAUAAAGAGUUGAAUAUCGUGAGGGAGUCAAUCAAAGCAAAGCUUGUCGAAGAAAAUAUUGUUCCAAGCGAGUCCUACACAAAGCAGAAAUUUUUUCAUAAACCUCGUGAAGUUUGUAGGCUUAUGCCUGCUUUCUGGAACAUAUUGGAUAAGGCAAAGAAUGAAGGGGUGAGCUUGCUUGAUCUUUCAUCCCAUGGAAAUUAUAUUUUGAGUUCUGCAUUUGAUAGAAAGGAGUAUGAUCACAUAUUGAGUUUCUUAGGAGUGGAACCUGUCAACAACAUCUGGUAUGUGAAGUGCAUCGGGAGUUCUAAUCUUGUUGCAGGAGUGUCAGACGAGACGUAUAUUGAUAUUUUACUAUUUGUUGCUGAUAAUUGGAACUCCAUAUUUCAUAACACCAACAUCAGGAACAUACCACUAAUAAAAUAUGUGGGUCUCUAUGGGGACGUGUCUUUGUGUAGCAUAAAUGAAUGCACACCUGGGAACUGGAUGCGGGUGGUGUUAUCACCACAGAAUCAUAUGGCAUCGUGGCUGAUUGAUUGGAACAGGGAAUUCAGAUGUGUGGGUGGUCAUUUUUUUAUGCCAAAAAGUACGCAAGAAGCUAUCUUCUCCUCUAAGAGGGUGUGGGAAUGGCUUGAAGCUCACGUGAGGAUUAAUGUUCUUAAAGUAUAUGACUAUGCAGUUCGCCUAAAUUAUUAUCUCAAAAACGAUCGGAAGCUUGCUGUUGCAUUUGUUCACUUCUUAUAUCACGCUCUCUCUCAGAAUCAUCUUUCAAAAUCGGAGGUGGCAAAUUUGUGUCUUUCUAUGCCGAUCGCAGAUAACUAUGGCAAUCUAACCACUCAAAGAAAAGGGGUCCUUGUCCCAGCUAAUGGAAGCAAAUGGGUGGGAUUGGUUGGUUCAAAUCCAUGGAGAGGUGAAGGCUAUGUCGAGUUAGGAGAAGACUACUUGCAUCCAGGUCGUUUUGCAGGUGAAUUUACUUCUGGUGAACAGCUUUUAAAUUUCCUAAUAACUUAUGUUGCAGCUUCUGAUAUCCCCUAUAUAUCUCCUCCCAAUGCUGCAAUUCCUGCUGUUUCUGCACCACUUACGAAUGAAAAUGCAUUCUUGCUGUUGGAUUGGAUUCGAAACCUCAAACAGAGACAUGCUUGGAUUCCAGAGAACUUCUUGAAAUGCAUAAAGGAAGGUAGUUGGCUUAAAAUUACUACCAAUGGCUGUUCUGGCUACCGGGCACCAUAUCAGUCAUUCAUGUUUUCCUCUUCGUUGGGAAACAUUUUGCAGAAUGGAUCAAUUCUUGUUGAUAUUCCAUUGAUUGAUCAAAGUUUUUAUGGAGAUAGAAUAAAUGAGUAUGAGGAAGAGCUGAAGACAAUUGGAGUCAUGUUUCAGUAUGGAGAAGCAUGUGAAUUUAUUGGGAAGCAUCUUAUGUCUCUUACAGCUUCCUCUACUUUAACUAGAGGCGUUGUGUUUUCUAUCCUUAAUUUCAUCAGAUUCUUGAAGGAAAAUUCGCUUCCUCUGGACAAAUUCAUCAACAGUAUCAAUGAAAAAAAAUGGCUAAGGACAUCCCGUGGGGAUGGAUGUCCAGUUGAAUCUGCUUUGUCUGAUGACGAAUGGAGAGUUGCAUCUCAAAUUAGUGACAUUCCCUUCAUUGAUAAACAUUAUUAUGGGGAGGAAAUCCUUUCUUUUAAAGAGGAGUUAAGGUCGCUUGGUGUGUUAAUUGGAUUUUGUAAAAGUUACCAUCUCGUUGUAGACAAUUUGAGGCCAUCUUCACGCUUGACUUUGCUUACAGCUGAGGCUGUUCAUUUGAUCCUUGAAUGUAUACGUCAUUCGAGAUCAGCCAACAAGCUCAUCGAGGCAUUGAAAGGUGUGAAAUGCUUCAAGACAAACAUGGGUUACAAUUCUCCAGGAGAAUGUUUCUUGUUUGACUCACAAUGGGGUUGCAUCCUACAGGUUUUCAGAGGUUUCCCAUUGAUUGAUGAAGGUUUUUAUGGAAGCAACAUCUCGUCUUACAGAAACGAGUUGAAGAAAACAGGGGUGAAGGUGGAUUUUGAGGAUGCGGUCAAGGUAUUUACUUACUGUUUCAGGCAGCACGCGUCUUCCAUAACAAAAGAAACAACAAAAGAAACUGUUAUGUCUUUCCUGUCAUGUUAUAGACAGCUAAAGGACACUCCAUUUAAGUUUCCUUCUGAUCUUUGGAAAUGUAUCCGUGAGGAGAAGUGGUUGAGGACACGGCUUGGUGUUUAUAGAUCUCCAAGUAGUUGCAUUCUGUUUGGGCCAGAUUGGCAAUCUAUUUCUCCAAUUACUGUUCUCCCUUUCAUAGAUGAUAGUGACAACUAUUAUGGCAAGGACAUUCAUGAAUACAUGGAAGAGCUGAAGGUGAUGGGGGUUGUUGUUGAUAUCAAAGAUGGUGUGAAGAUGGUAGCUGCUGGUCUUUAUUUUCCUCAAGAUCACUCCUGCAUAACUCCUGAUAAUGUUCUUAAGCUGCUGGAAUGCAUCCGCAUUUUACUACAAGAU